UGACACAGGCAGAAGACCUUUCUGUCAUAUUCUCUAAAUAUGAUGGACAUGUCAGUCGCAUCGCCAGCUUGGUGUCCUCACCCACUUCACAGUCAGCGACCACCCAAGUCAAGGACUCAUUCGUUAGCUUCGCCCGUUCCAUCAGCUCGUUCGGAAUCGUCAGGGUUGCGCCUACAAAAGAGCGGAAGUGUGGGAUUCAUUUCCGGGUUACCCGAUAUCAUGCGCACGUCAGAAGUCAGAAGAAAACGCGGACUGCGUAAGACAGCUGAUAUGUGCUCUGUUCUCGCGUGUUUUGAUCCGGACGGUGUGCUUUCCGAGGGAAGAGAAGAGCUCAUGCGCGGCCUCUCUGCUCGAAUGCGCACUCGAGGACCUGACGGUUCUGGCUACCACGGAAACGAGCGCUUUGGGCUUGCACACGAAAGACUUGCCAUCAUGGACCCUGAAGGAGGCAAACAGCCCAUAGUAUACAAGUCGGAUGGCUAUUCUGUGUGUGCUAACGGGGAGAUCUAUAACUUUCGCGAGCUUCAGGAUAAAUAUGACCUCACUGCACCAAAAACUGGUUCAGACUCUGAAGUUUUAUUGCAACUCUAUCGAUACAAGGGUGCUGAAUUUGUUAAGGAACUUAAUGGGAUUUUCGGCUUUGUCUGUGUCAGCGGGGACGGUGCGGACAUGAUAGCUGCACGUGAUCACUGUGGUAUUAAGCCCUUGUACAUUGGUUACGGAGAGGGCGGGUCUACCUGGUUUGCAUCUGAACUCAAGGCAAUUUGUGAUCAGUGUAAAUCUAUCGAGGAAUUCCCGGCCGGGCACUACUGGACUCCUAAGACUGGCUUUGUGAAAUAUUAUGAACCAGAAUGGGACUCUGAUGAGUUUGUGAGCGAUCAGGAUACGUCUCAAGUACGCGCUGUGCUUUCCCAGGCAGUGAAAGAUCAAAUGAUGGCUGAUGUGCCAAUAGGCUUACUCCUUUCUGGUGGUCUUGAUUCAGCUGUCAUCUCUUCUAUCAUUAAGCCGAUGCUGGCUGAGACUCAGCAAAAGUUUAUAACAUUCACAGUUGGUCAAGAGGGUUCCCCUGACGUCGUGGCUGCACGGAUGAUGUCUGAACAUCUUGGCACUGUUCACCACGAGUACUUGUUCACUUCUGAAGAGGCGUGCGACAUCAUUCCAGAUGUAAUUUAUCAUCUUGAAACAUACGAACCUGAGCUUAUUCGAUCAGCUAUCCCCAAUUAUUUCCUUGCACGGCUGGCAUCUGAACAUGUUAAAGUUGUGCUUACGGGCGAGGGCUCAGAUGAACUCUUUGCUGGAUACCUGUAUUUCAGAGAUGCCCCAGACUCAGCAGCUAUCCAUAUGGAACUCCGCCGCAUCUUCCACCAUCUACACAAUGUCAACUGUCAACGAGCUGAUCGAAUGACCAUGGCUCACGGCCUCGAAGCACGUGUCCCGUUUCUUGACCCUCGCGUCAUUGAUGCAGUGAUGAAGGCGAGCCAGCCGGUGGACCCCGAAUACAAGAAAAUCGAGGGAGACUCCAAGCCAGAAAAAUACGCACUUCGAGCCCUUUUCGACGGUGAAAUUCCUGAUCCUGUCCUGUGGCGUACCAAAGCAAUGCAGUGUGAGGGUGUUGGUUUAAACUGGGUCGAAGACCUACAGAAGUUCUGUGAGUCGCAGGUGAGUGAUGUUGACUACGAGAAGGCAUCAAGUUUGUAUGCCAUUAAUCCUCCUCAGAGCAAAGAGGAGUUAUUCUACCGGCGCAUAUUUGAAUCACACUACCAGGGCAUGGAUAAAUUUGUUCACGUCUGGUCUGGCGGUUGUCGAGCAGCUGGUGCUGCUUGGCAGAACGAAGCAUAUACCCGCUUUGGCCUUAAGGACGUCACCCAACUUGCCCAGGGGAUAGAAGGCAUCAGAGGGAUUUCCUAAUCCGCGAUUCCCGGAUUUGCUUGCGCUGGAUGUGAAAUGUCCAAGCACUCUGGCAGAUACAGAACAGUAUUCAUAGAGCGAAACCCUGCAGCUGCGCCGUGCUUUAUGUUUCGAUGCCUCGAGGAAGUGUUUCUUUCUCACGCUGCACUUCCACGAAAGUAGUUUUUAAAACGAAUGCAAGUAGCGAGCCUUCCAGGGCCUAGGUAAGGCUCGUAGUUGAAAAACAUGUUAUGUACAUGAGCUAGUGCUACAA